AGUUGCCACACAUUAUUUACCUUCACUAAGCCCUCUUCCUCCCUCUCCAUCUUCUUCUUCCAACCCUUCGGCAUCAGCUUCUCAAGAAAAGACUCGUCUCCAAAACAGCCAGAAUUUCCCUACAGCGGAGACCCCGUCGUACGAUUUUUACAGUCUACGGAAUCUACGAUUGAAAGACUGAUAUUUGACUUCCGUUUUCUUGCACUUCUAGCAAUUGGAGGAUCAUUGGCAGGCUCUCUGCUCUGCUUUCUCAAUGGGUGUGUCUACAUAUUUGAUGCAUACAAAGUGAGCUGUGUCAAAGGAAUCCAUACUGGAAAAAUGGUUCUGAGAUUGGUUGAAGCAAUUGAUGUAUAUCUUGCUGGGACUGUGAUGCUAAUAUUUGCAAUGGGCUUGUACGGACUAUUCAUUUCAAACGUGCCUCCGGAUGUACCUCCUAGCAUGGAUCGCACACUAAAAGGGUCUUCCUUGUUUGGGAUGUUUGCUUUGAAGGAGAGGCCGCAGUGGAUGAAGAUCAGUUCGCUGGACGAGCUGAAGACGAAAGUAGGGCAUGUGAUAGUGAUGAUCCUUUUGGUGAAAAUGUUCGAAAGGAGCAAGAUGGUAACCAUAGUAACAGGGCUGGACUUGUUGAGCUACUCUGUUUGUAUAUUUUUGUCGUCGGCAUCCUUGUACAUUCUUCACAAUCUGCACAAAAACGACACGCAUUAACACCCCAUCCAGAACAAAACCAUUGCUUGUAUCAAUGUAUAAUUCACCUUAGUGGGAGUAUAUUUGUAUAUGAUAAUUAUAUUUAUUAUUAUUAUUAUUA